GUGCGGUGUUUCUAUUUAUAUCUUUGUCAUAUCAACAGGAAUUCUUCCUAUUUUUCGUUGUGGUAGUUUCGCCUAGACAGAAAAAUGGAGGUUUGAACAUCUAGAUGUAAGCAGAUCCACGUGAAUGGACCAGGGGAAGGCAUUGGUUCAACUCUCUUCCUUCAGUUUUAUCCAGGUUGCUUGGUGCACAGUUGGGGGUCAGAAUGAAGCUGCACAGUGGUAUCAGUGCUAAGCACUUGCUACAGAUGCUCGGGGAGUCCCUUUACAAAGAGCAGACACAAUGGAAAUCUGUGUCAUACAAAACACAAGGCAAUGAACAACAGGAGGUACUAGGACAGCACAGAGAUGAGAUCGUUUCAUGGAUAAUUUACCAGAACAGUCACUUCCAUUUCUCUCCAGAAACUGUUUGUCUCAGUAUAUACCUCUUGGACAAGUUCCUGCAGCAUGUUAAGGUUCGCCCCAAGUAUCUCCAUUGUGUCUCAAUCAGCUGCUAUUUCAUCGCAGCAAAGACCCUGGAGGAAGAUGAGGUAAUACCCUGCACCGUGGACCUUGUGAAAAUAAGUCAAGUUACCUGUUCUGUAGCAGAAAUUCUCAGGAUGGAGGCAGUGAUUCUCAACAAACUUAACUGGAACAUCAAAUACGUAACAGCAACUGACUUCCUUCACAUUCUCCAUGCUAUGCUGAUGUGUUACCACCCCCAACUGUUGGAUGGUCUGAGAAACAUGACACCCUCCCAACAUCUUGGUGUCCUCACACGGAAACUCUUCUUCUGCCUCAGCAACCACCACCUGCAGACCUUCAAGCCAUCAGUGAUCUGUCUUGCCAUGAUCAGUCUGGAGCUGGAACAGAUUAGUCAGAACUGGCUCUCUAUCAUGCUCAUGAUACAACAGAUGGCAGGGAUUGACAACAAGUCCCUUGUCUGGUGCCGGGAGGUAAUAAGUCGAUUCUUAGUUGAGAAACACUUGCUCCCUACUGGUUACCACUUCCUGCCUCACCAUCCGCUUAGGCGCAUCACAACUAUGAAGCGGAAGGCUGAGCAGGUCGAGUCUGAUGAGGAGGUAGAAGAUGACAUUUCGGAUGCUAUCAAGAGGCUCUACAAUGAGGACACCAGCUGUGAUGGUAACUUGAUUCGAGCGUCAUGUGGCUCAGAACUGCACCAAGAUACUGAAGGAACAAGUGGACAGCUCAAGCCAACACCUGUAGCCGCUAACUAAAAUGGAACACUCUGUCAACUCUAUUUUUCAAUGCAUGUGCAAGGUUCAUUUAUCUCAUUUGCUAUUUUGAACUGAAAGAUCUCCACAGAUAUCACGGCAUCUGAUGUUCAAUAUUUGUGCAUUAGUUAUUUUUGAAGACUGCUUUGAUUAAUUAUAUAUAUGAAAGCAGAUUGCUUUAUCAACUUUGCAAUUUUUGUUUUAGUUUGUCUACAGAGCCAUCACAGAUUUUAACUUAAAAAGAAAAAUAUUCUUGCCAAGUGGACCUUACAUUAUGCUUGAAGGUAGAUUUUUAAUGCACAAAGAGAGCUAGAAGUACUAGAAUAAUUCUCUGAAGGAUUGUGACACACCUGUUGAUAGAUAUGUAAGGAUGCUGUCUGUUUUGACGGUACUUACGUUACAGUAUUGCCUCCGGUAAAUCAGCCCCCACCUCAAGCCCUUACACAAAUUAUGUUAUGUAAUACCCUUGUGAACUUAUCAGAAUACUUAAUUUUGUUUUUGAGUUUGAUUUGAUUAUUUAGUGAGAAAGUUACCAGUAACAGUGCAAUGGACUAGGAAUAAGAUUUGUUUUAAUAUGAUAGUCUGUGAUAAUUAUCAAUGGUUAUUGGAAGAAUAUGCCUAGAAAUAAAUUGGUAUUUUCUAUGGUUAAUGUCUUGGCAAGAUUGUUGUUAAAAAGAGAAAAAGGUUAUGUAGACAGUUUAUUUAGUUGAUUGUUUGUAAAAGUUAAUAUAUUUCUGUUGAUAGCAUUAUUGAAGUGUGCUGAUAUUUAGUGAUAUUCAAUGUUUAUUUAAUGUGGUCUGUUUUUAUUUUCACCUAGCUCUCUUAGGUCAGUUUUAUUUUGAUUUCCAUUGUUUUAUUCCAAGGGCUUGAGGGGGGUUGGAAUCCCUUGUAUCAGUCAACUGUACACACACAAAAAAAUAUAUAAAAUUGCCACCAGCGAUGGUCUGUAGAGACAACUAGUGUAUGUAUUCAGUCUAACCUUAGCAAAAACUGAAACUUAUAAAAAAAAUCCAAAUAUUAAAAAAAAUAUUUAUGUUUAUAAAAAAUACAAGAAAUAUAUGAAAAUGUUUAAAAAAAAAUUGUCUUUCAUUUAUAUGUAAUAUAGAAUGUAUGUAACAGAGAUGCCAUAUUCUUUGAAAUUAUUUCAAUUCUUUGAAAGCUGUGUGUAAAUAUUUAUAAUAAGCAGGAUCUUUUAACCUGGGCGAGUCUACAUCAGGACCAGUCCUACUAUCUGAGAGGCAGCAGAUCCAAUGAGUAGAUGUAGAUAUGGAAUAUGACACCUUCCGUUGUAAAUAUUGUCGUAGUGAACAGGCGCACUGCUUGAAUGGGAUUCCGUGCACCAUAGAAAACUACACAACAGUAAAUGGCAAUGAAACAAAGAGAACUACAUAUUUAUUUAUUAUCAAUGGUAAGAUAUUGUUUAAUGGUCAGUAAUUAUAACUUGCUGAAAACGUGUGCAGCAAUUACAUAUUUGUGCGAAUGCCCUAUCAUAUAUGAUUCUUGAUAUUUUCCUCUCAUAGAACAUUCCAUUGUUGAGAUGAUCAUGUUAAGUUUGUUAAUUGUUUAUUUCAUUUAUGUUAUUGGGGUGUUGUAGUCUUUUUUUUCUCCAUUUUGAUAUAUAUUCAAAGAAUUUCCCAUACUUAUAUGCCCAACAGUGCGCCUCUUCACUACGCUUUGUAUAGGAUUAUGAUGAAUAUAAUAUAUUGAUGAGGACCAUUAAGAGUUUAACAAAAAUAAGAUGUUUUCUAUAUAUUGUUGAUCAUUUGAUGCACAGGAUGCAUACAAAUGCGGUUAAAAAUUAAGAUAUGACAUCUGAACAUUAACUAAUGUUUUAUUCAUGAUUUUAAAAUACUCUUUUUUUUAUGUGAGGAAAAAUCUAUUUUGUAUAAAGAUUUUGUUGACCUUCAGUUGUCCUUGUUACUCCAAACUUUGACAAUCGUUGUGUACAAUGAGUAGUAUAGUCAAUGAAAGAACAUGAGCAAGUUUGAUCGAGACAAUAACCGUGCUAGCUUAGACAGAGAGGGAGCAGAGAAAAGGAGAGAUAAUUUCUUUUUAUUAUUUAUUAAUUAUAAUCAUGUCAUAUUCAUAUGGAAGAGAAAAUCUCAUACUUUUCCUAAGGAAAAUGAACAUCAAUGCAUUCAUUGUGAGAAAUGUACUAGUUUAAUCCAUGUUUACAUACAGGAUGUCUUGGAAAAUGAGAGAGAUUUGUGUAAAAAUGUGACUGAAGGAUCAGUAAGGUACAUAUAGCGAGAAAUGAAAGCACAGUUACUCAGGGUAUACAUAUAAGUUACACUGAUACAAUAGCCAAAGCUAACAAAUUGGGUAUAUGGUCACCAUCUAGAUUGACAUAACUUAGAGUGUAGUUCAUUUCAUUGUAUGUUGUAUGUCAACUAGAUUUUAUAAUCAUUUAUCAUUUCAGUCAUUAUUAGUCCCUUUAUAUGUUUUUUGAAGACUCUUCCAGGAGGCACCAUGAAGGAAAUUAUUUUCGUCAUUUUAAUCCCACCCAUUUUUCGUUAAAAUAUCUACAAGAGUCCAUAACUAUUUUGUUUAAAUAAUCAAAAAAAACAACACUGUAUAUACUCUGAUCAUCACUUUCAUCACAUUGGGUUCCCUUCAUGGUGCCUCGGUGGAGGCAGUCUGUACUGUGUGCAGAUAGGGAGGUCCCCACAAGCUGGAGAGGCAAUAAAUCUCUGGUGGCAAUAUU